AAGAAACGACAGCGAGGAGGACCGCCUAGUGUGUGUUGCCUUGCUGGAACGUAUAAACCCAACCCAACUUCUUCUCUGUUCUUUCUAUUCGGUUUCCUCUUCUUAACGAAAACAAACACAAAACCUUUUGACUCCUUUUCGUCCCAAUUCUUCUUCACAAAUUCUGAACCAGACAUGUCCUACGCCUAUCUCUUCAAGUACAUCAUCAUCGGCGAUACUGGAGUUGGCAAAUCAUGUCUUCUCUUACAGUUUACUGACAAGCGCUUUCAGCCCGUUCAUGACCUAACCAUUGGUGUUGAAUUUGGGGCCAGAAUGAUCACUAUUGAUAACAAACCUAUCAAGCUCCAAAUUUGGGACACGGCGGGUCAAGAAUCCUUCAGAUCUAUUACUAGGUCUUAUUAUAGAGGUGCUGCUGGUGCUUUACUUGUCUAUGAUAUUACCAGGAGGGAAACUUUUAAUCACUUGGCCAGUUGGCUGGAGGAUGCAAGGCAGCACGCAAAUGCCAACAUGACAAUUAUGCUUAUCGGUAACAAGUGUGAUCUUGCUCAUAGAAGGGCUGUCAGCACAGAGGAAGGCGAGCAGUUUGCCAAGGAGCAUGGAUUGAUCUUCAUGGAAGCCUCUGCAAAAACUGCUCAAAACGUUGAGGAGGCAUUUAUAAAAACUGCUGCAACAAUAUACAAGAAGAUUCAGGAUGGAGUUUUUGAUGUAUCAAAUGAGUCAUAUGGAAUAAAGGUUGGAUAUGGAGGAAUCCCUGGGCCAUCAGGAGGGAGAGAUGGGUCUUCUUCUCAAGCUGGAGGAUGUUGCAAUUGAAAGUUGAUACUUGGUUUGCCAAGUUGAUUGGAAUAUUGUUUAUUUUUCAAUUGUUUUUAAUAUAAUAUAUAUAGAUAUAUAUGUGUUUCAAUGUUCAUUUUGUCUGAAUAUUGUGACUUGUUCAUAAGUGCAGAUUCAGAAUUAUUGAGAUAUUUGUAAAAUCUUUUUUCUUGAUGUUUUGAGAAUUUGAUUGUAAAUUUGACAAUUCUGUUAAAAGGAAGGGACAAUUUGUCCUUUGUGUUUGUCUCGAUUGGGACAAACAUAAUUAUGUGCA